AUGAGCCUCCCUUCGCCCAAGAAGAACGUUGGCAGCAAUGUUCCCCCACCACCGAGACAGAUUCGCUUUGUUUCGACCGAUGGACAGCCCCAGACAAAGCGGCGGCGAGUAAACGCAGCUUGUCGGACCUGUCGCAAGCGCAAGAUACGAUGCUCAGGUGAACAACCAGUGUGUAAAACAUGCUCCGACUAUAAUCAUACGUGUCUUGGAUACAACGAGCCUCCUUCCCACGCCCGGUCGCAAUCCGAUACCGCACCACGAACUCCGGCGAUUCCAUCGCUGCCUGGUCCCAAUGAGGUGGUAUACCCCCGUGUUUCUCAGGUGGUUGAGAAGCGUUCGCCAGAUCCCCCACAAGCUAUAAAACCACCUGAUUGUUCCGAAAAAGCUCCGGAGGAUCCAAAAGUGCCGGGACCAAAAGGAGUUUCUUUGGCAAGGGAUACUACACGUGUGCCCAAAGAGUAUGAGCAGCAAAAUGCGGGGGAUACCCCAGAAAGUAAUCGCACCUCUCUCGGCUCCUCCAGCCGCACUCAUGCUCCGUACUUCCGGUAUUUUGGGCCAACUGCCAUCGUUCCUGGCUUUAAACAGAUGGUUAGAUCAUACCCUGUCGUCCAAGUUAGAGGUUCCCGCAAGAGCAAUCCAUCAAUGUCAUCAGAGCCACUGUCCCCUCUCCGGAGUCCAAAAUUAGCUGAUAUAGGAAUGGGCUCUCUGGCGACGUUGGAAGAUAGCCGAGAUUCCAAUACGAUUCCAUUUUACGAUCGAGAUGACACACCUGUCAGCAAUCUUGUCACACACCUUUGCGAGCUUUUCUUCGUACAUCUUGGCUGUAGUUUUCCAUUUCUACAGCGGGAUAGGUUUCUCAGAGACUUAAAGGACAAAACUGUCGAAACCAUGCUUGUGGAUGCAGUUUGCGCAUUAUCUGCCAGGUUUUCUCCCCACCCUCUGCUGGGCCCCCCUCAAGCCCCAAACAUUGAUGGUUCUGUACCACAACUGGAUACAAGGAAGUCGAAUCGAGGCCAGGCCUUUGCUCAUAGGGCAAUGAGUGCUCUUGUCGAUUCUCUAUCAUGCCCAACCCUUGCCGUUGUCCAGGCUUGCUUGCUGCUAGCCUAUGAAGAGUUUGGGUCGAACCGUGAUAGUGGUCUAUGGAUGUACUUAGGGAUUUCGAUUCGCAUGGCUCAGGACCUUGGGAUGCAGAAAUUGCAAGGGUUGAAAUAUAACUACGGUCAAAGUGGAUUAACUCCCAAUGCAAUCAUGACCGGACAGGCCGGAGAGUUCGAAGAGGAUGAAUACGAGGAUAUCCAGGCCCACCAAAACCCUGGGAAAGACAUACAGGACCUUGAAGACCACCGUGCAAGAGAGCGAGAAAAGGUUGACACAUUUUGGAGUAUCUUCUUCCUUGACCGAGUGAUCUCAUCUGGAACAGGGAGACCAGUCACCCUGCGCGAUGAAGACAUAGAGCUAUGCUUCCCUCUACAAUCAGAAUCGCAACUUCCGAAUGGUUGGCCAUCGCCAUUUCCCCCGCUCAUUAGAGUCAUUCAUCUGUACGGAAGGGUGACAGACCUCAUCAAUGGAAUUCAGGAUGUCAACCAUGUCACGUCUGACACAUUGCAAAGAUUGGCAGGAAUGGAGAGUGACCUAACUGGAAUCUACCAACAUUUGUCCCCCAGACUUCACUUUAAUGCAGCCAACUUCCAAACGUACGUUAAGGCAAAAGAGGGGACAAAUUUCAUUCUGCUCCAUUUUUGGUUCCACACCCUUAUAGUUCUUCUCCAUCAGCCAACGCUCCUGAAUUCCUUCGGUGGAACAAUACAACAUCUCUAUCCAAAUAGCAGAGAGCUCUCGAUGUCAUCCGCCAAGACUAUUGCGGAUAUACUUUCGUUUUCCGAGUUAGUGGAUGGCAAAAGUUUCAUCGGCAAUCCUUUUACGAGUCAGCCGAUGUAUAUUGCCGCAUGCGCUUUUCUCAUGGAGAGCACCUACUACACCUCGCCUUCGUCUAGGUCCGGCUCUCCUCCUACACAGCCUCUACUAGCCAACCGAUCGAGUGGUUUCGUGAUGCCAAGUAUGGAUCCUUCCAAUGGGACAGAGCGGAAGUCUAAACACAUUCUCCUCGCAUCUGCUGCAAAAGAGAAUUAUCAACGAUGUUAUAAAGCACUAAAAGCACUCGACACAUACUGGGAGGGUACGAGAUACAUUCUCACAGUGCUGGACCAAAAGGCCAAGGGGAUUGUUGAUCCUCUUUUAUAUACCGUAGAAGAGAUGGAAAAUGCUGCUGAAAUACCCCCAGUCCAGCCUUUCGCCCCUCCAGGGUGGCGUCGCACAAAGACACCAUUGGAGGCUGCAGGCAAUCCAGAACCAUCAGGAACGGGCCCGGAUGUUCCUUCGCAUGGUAAAACCUCCCCCAAUAUUGAUACUGGCCAAGCAAUUGGAUGGGCACUUACAGGAGCGACGAACUCGUCCCAACCCAAUCUUAGCUUGUUGUACCAGAUGCCAGCUACGCAGGCUGACCCCAUCCCCGAGAGACCUACGUUCGCCUCGCAGUACAGUCAUAGUUACCCAUGCAUACCUGCACAAUCGAACACAGAUCAAAGUUCUGCUUCCUUCGCACAACCACUACAGCAGACGCGAACCGCUGAUGCGACACGGGGCUCUUCGCUUGCGACUCCUACUCAGCAGUACUCCCCAUUAGUCUCUGCCGGAAGGAUGCCCACAUCGGACACCAAUAUACUUCUGGGCCUAAAUGGGUCAUUUUCAACCCCAAGCCCCCGUCCCUCAGCUUUUAACCAAGAUUUUACCUCAUCCCAGUUAGAAACACAGGUACCUGAUUAUACUUACAACAUGUCCGUACCUGCCGCAAAUGACCAGGGCAACGAUGCCCAUUUACGACCCAGGAUAGCCGAUGGAUUUCCUAACAUAGGCUCCAACGGAGAAGAUAUGUUGAUCGAAAGCCAGGACAUCGACAUGAACACGCUCCAGCAACAAGAACACCUCCCUUUUGCCUUUCACGGAGAAAUUCUCCCUUGGCUGGAAUAUCUUCCACAGGAUGUCCUCAGCUUUUUUGGGGAACAACAGAAUUAUUCUUUGAUGACCCCGGAUGGCGAAUCACCACCGCCUCAAUAA